AUGCUGUUGCAUAAAAGCGAAAGAAAAAACACAUUUUUAUCAUCCUACAUGUUCGGAAAGUAUUUUAGAAACUCACAAAGCAUUCAAACAUUUGACAUUUACGCUUUUGAAUUUUCAAUAUCUUCUAUAAGUGUAUCUAAAUACUUGAUAGAAAUUUUUGUGGAGGUGGCCAGUAAAAAUAAAGACUUAAACACGAAAUUAAUGAAUGUUUUAAAAGAGAAAGUGAGUUGA